GAAAAUGACAAACUGAUAAUAUUAGUUUUCAGCAUUCUGGGUAACAUAAUAAGGCGGCCAUUUUGAAUUACCUUCCUAAAAUCUUGUCUGUAAAGUUUUGUCCACGCAUUUCCAGGCGAAUCAUUUGACAGAUCAAUUUCAAAUUUUCAGGGGUGACUCUUUAUUAGAAUCUUGAACUGAUUAGUUUUUCAGCAUUCUUGUUGGUAUAAAGGAAGUCAUUUUGGAUUUUUUGUCCUAAAAUGUUCUCUUUUCAACAGAUAGGUGUACAUGUAGGGGAUUUGUAGAAAAUAAUUGUAGGGCAUUCAGGUGAAAAAUCUAUAUUUCUAGGAUCACUCAUUUGUGGGGGGAUGGGAGGACAUGUUACUUGUGUCUUUGUGUAAUACAUGUAUAUGUUUGGGUACAGUAAUUAUUGUUAAUCCUUUAUAAACUAAUAAAUAACAAUAUAUGACAUUAUAACAUACCUAUGAUGAUGUAUAGUGUAAACUGUUCACAAGACAGAGGGCCAAUAUAACUUUUGAAAAGCCCGCGCCCACUAACUUUCUGAUUGGUCAAGCGCUAGGACUACGUCAUACAUUAGGCCUAGGUCAAAUUGACUCGUACAUUCGUAAGAUACAAACAUGGGAAUAAAUCAUCAUUUCCGAACCAUUGCUAGUCAAUUAGAUAAGAAAACGGUACUCUCUGACCAGACUAGAUCGUCAUAGGUAUGUUAUAAAUCGUUUAUGUCACUAUAGUUGCACAUAUGCCCUCGGUUCUCAGUGAUCAAUGUCCCUCCCAAGGUCAGGCUAUAUAUCACUGAAAACCUCGGGCAUAUAUGCUUUUCUACAACGAUUUCUUGUCAGCAGAAUGGUCAAAAAAAGAUGAAAAUAAAAAAAUCUGUAUCGAACUUCAGGGAGAAGGAGAAAAGUCUACGGAUAUUAAAUACAAACUCACAAUCUUUUUAACGACUGGGACAAUCCAAGUGCAAGGAAACAACAUCACGUCAUUCAACGAUGACUUUGAUAAUCUUAAAAUGUGUACUGAUACAAUCAAUCUAUCAACUGAUGAAGAAAGUGAUGAUGAUACUAGACUCAUAGACCUUGAUGAUAAUACGGUCAUUGAUAUUGAAGUAGAAGUUGAGGGAGAAAAAAUUGUGGUAGAGGCAAUCAAACAAGCUGACAUUAACAUUAGAGAAAUAAAUGGUGUGGAAACAGUGGACAUGAAGGACAUAACACCAACAGAAACAAUGGACAAAAACGCUACAAAACUCAAAGAGGUUUUUGAUAAUGAAAAUACACCUACAAAACUCAAAGAGGUUAUAGCUAUGCAGCCACAAAACACAUCAAAUGAAAAGCAAAGUCAAAACAAGUCUACGAAAAUGAUGAAAUUACAAAAUGAAAGUUUAGAAGAGGACAAUCAGGUCACUCGUGAAGAUAUAUCAAAACUGAACAACAAAUUGAACAAACUAGAGACAACAAUAUGUGAUCUUAUGGACAAGAUAAAAGAAAAUAACAACAUCAAUACAUCAGGAAAUGAGAACAAUCUCUGUGAAAACGAGGUGCGAAAAUUAAGAGCAGAAAAGAAAGAAAGGAUAGCCUUUGUUCUAGAACAAGGAAAUAAAAUCAAAACAUUACAAUGUGAAAUUGAACACCAAAGGACACUAUUAAGCUCCAAAAAUAGAGAAAUAGAAGAGCUAAAUGAAACAAUGAGCACUAAAAGUAACAGUAUACUAGAAUCAGAAAGAGAAAUCAAAAGCAUGAAAAAUAAAGUUAAAGACCAAGAAAUGAUAGAAAAAAAGUUAACCUGCAAAAAUGAAGAAAUAGAAGCUCUUACUGAAAAGCUAUCAGAAAAGACAAUUCUGUUAUUGAAAAAGGAAGAUGAGAUUUUUGACCUGACUGUACAAUGUAAAAAGUUGUCAGAUAGUGACACCGCGCCAUUCACUCAAGUUAAAGGGAAGAAACAAAAUACAGAUUCUGGUAAUGGUGAAACUAAACCGAAUGAAAUAUCCAUUGAAAGCAGAAGUUCUGAUACUAAGGAUGAUAGACCCAAGGUUAAGAUUUUGGGUUCAUCUAUCCUAGCCCACGUUGACCCAUCUAGAAUGUAUGGUUUCAACACCACCAUGGAGCAAGCAUAUACAAUCCAGCAAGCUAAAGGCAAAUUGGAGAACAUGAAAGAUAAACCAGACGUCAUAAUUUACCAAGUGUUGAGUAAUGAUGUAAAAUCAGAAUCAGAUGAUAAUAUAAUGGAAUCUAUGGAAGAACUUGUCCAACUUACUGAAACACUGAAAGAAGAUAGUAAAAUUAUAUUAUCCCUACCACCCCCAAGAAAAGAUGAUGCUAAAUGGAACGUACGUCAGAGAGCACUCAAUGCAAGAUUGGAAGCCAGAUAUCAUGAUAAGAGUAAUGUGGUUUGUAGCUCUAAUGAAAAUCUUGGCUACAAUGGUCAUCCAAAUGCGAAAUUCUACCGAGAUGACGUACACAUUAAUAUGCAAGGCACGAAAAUUCUUUGUGCAAAUAUAUUGAAUACUUUAAGAAAUAUGUUUGGUCUUCCCCACCCCAGGCGUAACAGCAAUGAUAGGCCAAACAAUUGGCCAAACCGAUAUGAUCAACCAAGAUUCAAUGGUCGUCCAACUAACUAUGAACAAACAAGAUCUAGGAAUAACUCCUUUAGGUCCAGAAAAUAUUAAGACUGCUAGGUCUACUAGUUAUUGUUACAUUAGUUAUAGACUGUUGUAAUGUGAAUACCCACUGGGUAUUUAUUUAUGUUAAAACGCACCCUCUGGGACUUUAUGCUAAACACUUAGAAUAUGGCACCUUACAGGGAAGGACUCAU